AUGGAGAACCGGCCGCCGAAGCCCGCCAGGAGGACUAACAUCACCACCAUCCGCAAGGCCAGCAAUGCCCUCCACCGGAACAAGGCCUGCCUCAACUGCAGAGCAAGAAAGACCAAAUGCGAUGCGGUCAAGCCGAUCUGUUCGUCGUGCAAACGCUUGGGCCCCGAACAGCAGUCGCAGUGCAAGUACGACCAACCACCCAAGUGGCUAGAAUCCGUCGUCUGUCCCAACCGGACCCAGCAGAACCGGAUAGCAGAGCUCGAGCUCAAGCUGGAAUCUCUCGAGCGUACGCUGGCCCAGCGCAGGACUUCGGCGGCCAUCAAACACGAGCAGCAGCAGCAACUACCACUGCCAUUGCCGACCGGGAUAACCUACCAAACAACACCCCACCUCCAAACCCAGCCCACGCCGUUCUUCGUCUCCGAUCAGAACAGCCACCUCUUCGCGCUCGCCAAGCAGGACGAGCUUACAGAUCCUUAUCAUCAAGCCUUCCAGCCACUCUAUGCUGCCGAUCACCCUCACCCUCAUCAUCGCCAUCGCCAGUCGAUCUCCUUGAUCGACAACCCACCGAUCAACCAUUCCUUGGUCAUCAGGCAGCAUGAUGGCCAACUCACCCAGGUCAGGCAACAUGAUGGCCAACUCACCCAGGCUGAAUUCAACCCAUACCCGUAUCACUUCAUAACCCCGAUCUUAGACUCGCCCAGUCCAUCGGCUACCUCAUCUAUACCCGACCCAUCUCCCCCGUCUCCCUACCAUCUUCAUCAGCUGUCCGCCGCCCAAACAUUCGACCCGUGCCUGCCCAUAUCCGAGCCGAAUUGGUACCCCCAUCUGCCCUCGCGGAAGAUUUGCAAGCUGCUCAUCAAGGCUUUCUUCAAUCGACCAUUAUCGCCCUUCACCCUAGUCGAGCCGAUCGGCCUCCAAUCACGCCUCGAUCUCAGUAUCCUAGACCCCCACUUCCCCGAGCCAGUCCUGAUCCAUGCGAUAUGUGCCACCGGCGCACAGUACAUCUCCCGCGAGCUACUCGCCCCGGUCUACUGGAGCCACCCGCAAGGGCCACACGUCCAUCAUGCCGAAUGGGCCGAGCGCUUACUCAACACCGGCAUCGCCACUCUGCGUGAACCCCGCAAACUCCUCGAACUGGCCGAGGCCGCCGUCCUCUGUUGUCAGUAUUACACCGUCGUCGGUAAACCGCUGAUGAUCUGGAAGUGCUUGGGAUGCUGUAUCCGCCUCUCUACCCUCGUCGGCCUCAACCUCAACAGCCACAACAAUCAUUCAUUCUCUCGUCCUCAGCAUAACAUUGCGUACAACGAUCCAGGGUUAGAAAAAGUCUCGUUUUGGCCCGAUGGUGUCGGUGUUCUAGAUAGGCCGACGAACGCGAACAUUCAACACUAUCGCACUCUCUUAUGGUGGUACGUAUUUUGUUGUGAUAAGAUGUGUUCAGCCGCGGGAGGGUUUGCGUCGACGGUGGAUGAACGGGACAGUCUGAUCCCGAUCUCGAGUCCGGCGAUCUACCGAGUGAACGAGCAAGAUGGGAGUCAGAGACCCAUGACACGAGAGGAGGAGGCGGAGGAGCGGGAGUUCUUCUCGCCCAGUUCACCCUCGUUCUUCUACAAGCAUCGCACUGGCGACCAGGGCAGUCUGCAACUCUUGAUCAAGGCGGCAAUCCUGUUGGGCAAGGUCAACACGACCCUCUACAGACGGUCCCACCCUGCCAAAACGGCCCAGGAGAUUCAGCACGAGCAUGAAAGCUUGUCCAAUUUAAUCUGGGGUCUAUAUCACUCGAUCCCCCCGAGUUUCAAGAACCCAUUCAAGUUAACAAGAUACGGCCAACUAGAUGCCUGUCUUUUAUCGGCACACACGUUGAUCCACACGAGCUUGAUCCAACUGAACGAGGAUCUGGUCUGUCUCGACCUCCACCCACCCGCCGAAGACGCGCAUCUCCAGAUCUGCCAGCUCUCGGGACAGCUCCUGAUCGACUGGUUUCUCCAGCUCAUCCAGCACAAGAACCUCGGCCUUAUCAGCGUCGAUCUGGGUCAACUGUUGUGUGGAAAUCCAACCCUGAACUUCGGACUGAGCGUCGCUAUGCGAACUCAUUGUAGAUUGAUCGCUAUCAAUCGCGUCUUCAAACCCUCCGCCUGCACCGAGCAUGACUCAUUGAGCCUCCAAAUUGAGCAGAUCUUGGGACACUUGAGUAAGUCGGCCAAGAUGCCAUUAGAAGGUCGGAUUAUCGAGCUCAUCACAGGCUUGCUCCAAAACCCUUACUCUCUCCUCCCCCGCUCUUUACUCUUCCCGAUCAUCGACCCGUCCAGGACGACGUAUUAUCAGCUGCCCAACAACACCCAUCCUCCUCCGCACCAAGGCUUGAUCAAAAAGCUUGGCGAUGAUGAUGGCCACGAGUCUAUGAAGAGUAACUUUGCAUUGGCUAGAAUGCUGAAUUGCUCCUCUCUGUGA